UUAAGGUGCUGGCACGGAGCUGCUCCACGCUCGCCUGCGGGGCUGGUGUCACGCUCGGCUGGGCGGGCAGCGGCGAACCGGGCUGGCAGCCAGCGGCACCGCUUGCUCAGCCCUUCAAAUCGGGGCAGAAAAUCGCAGAAAGAGGCAGCUUGAAUAAAACAAGAAAGCGAGCCUGCACCUCCUUUGGAAAACCCUCCUCGUCGCUGAGAACUCCCCGUCUGGAGCAGGCCCCCAUAACGCCGCAUGGAAAGAGCCAAAUCCGCCCUUUUUUCCCACAGAAAUCGCUGUGCAGAGCGCUGCCUGCAGCACGGGGCUGGGCGGGAUGUGGGGCAGAUCCCCGGCCCCGCCGUCCCUCUCACCCCAUCCCUUUGCUUUUGGGGCCGGGAACGCCAAGAACAGACAAGUUUGGGUGCCGUGGUGAUGCCUGGGCAUUGUGAUGCUGGCAGAGCGCGGCGGUGCCACUAACCCUGCCCGGGGCCUGAUCCUGCCCGGUGUGGGGACAGGACGGGGUUUGCACAGGAAUUCACCACCUGAGGGCUUUGCUUCGGACAAGCUGUCACCUCGAUGAAGGAUGUCACCAGCUUGCCUGGCUUUGGGACCACGGCAAAGGCAGGGUGCAAAACACACUAGUAGGACAUGACCCUUAACACUUUCUCUAAAGCGUAGCCCUAUAGGUAUCUUCCAGUACACCAAGAAGCUGUUCCUGAGCAAGCAGGUGGGACGGGUGCAGGCGCUGGAGUCUGUCCGGAAAAAUGCUGCCAACGCGCUCUCCAUGGCGAACCUGAUCAUGGGGCUCUCCUCCAUCCUCUGCAGCCUGAACAGGCAGUACCACCACUCCUGCUGGCUGCUCCUCGGGGGCUUUCUGCUUGAUUUGGCCGACGGAGCCGUCGCCCGCCAGCUAAACGCCUGCUCGGCGCUGGGUGCCAAGAUGGAUGAUUUCGCCGACUUCACCUCCUUUGGGCUGGCCACGGCGCUGCUGCUGCAGACGCAGGGUGUGCUGGAUGGGCUGCUGGCCAUCGCCUACGUGCUGGCCGUCUUCGCUCGCCUCUGCUUCUUCUCCAGCGAGAUCCCCUUCACCUACCGGGGGCUGCCCUGCCCCUACGCCUCCUCGCUGCUGGUGAGCAUCUUCCUGCUGACGGGCGGCAACGUCACGCUGCUGCGCGUCGCUGCCAUCGUCAUGAUCCUCUUCAUGGUCGACCGGGGCUUCUACCCCCAUGACAAGGUGCUGGAGUCCCAGCUCUGGAAGAAGGUGAUCUACGCUGGAGGCAUUGUGGCUGUGCUGCUCUUGCCCACAACGGUCGCUUCCAUGUACUACCUCGCCUGGUCGGCGUCCUACAUCUUCUCUCCCUUUGCCAUCUGGAGCUGCAAAGCCUAAGGGUGAAGCGGCAGCCACCCUGGUGAGGACUGCUCCGGCCUUACACUCCACCGAACGCGCAGUAAAGCUCUCCUCUCCCUCCCUCUCGGGUGCCAGCACCGGGGUGUCUCGUCUCCCCACCUUCCUUAGCUCUUCCUGGGGAAAGCGGCGGCAGCGGAAGCCAAACCCAGCCCGGCAGGCGCAACGCUGCAGCCCCUGGAGAGAGAAACGCCACCACUCACCCCCUUCAAGUGUUUUCCCAGCUGUGGCAGAGCCUGUUUAGAAAAGAAAAUAGUUGAGCUCCCGCAGAGGGAAGCUCUCAGCUUCAGGAGAGCCCAGGCUGGGCUCCAAACUGCCCUGCCCGUGCCCUGCCUGUGCCCUGGUCCCUGCGACGCUGGGCGAAUCCCCGGCCACAGCCAGAAGAACAACAACUCCACUCUGGAGGCUGCCUUCCCCCUUUCCUGUGGGAUUUGACCCAAAAACCCUCUCCAGACAGCUCCCGGGCUGCCCCCAGUGCAUAGCCCUGGGGCGGCAGCUGGGACGUGAAUCAAGGCGAUGCUCACGCAGCCAACACGUUCCCACUGUACACAGUGCUUUAUUGCCAGGGUGUAAUUGUGGCACGUUUACACCCCUGAGAUCCCAACCAUGACAAGGAAACAACCCUGGAGAGGGCAGCACGGCCGGGCCGUCCCCUCGGGCCAGGCUGGGAGGAAGCCACCGAUCAAAUCUCCAGAGAGUGCAACAAAGCUGAGCCCGGUUCUCCCCAAAACCCAGCCCUGAGACACAGGGAGUGUUCUGGUAUUUAUUUUUUACUCAUCACCACAGGGAAAUAAUAUCUCAGCCGUGUUCUUUUUUCCUUUCUACGCUAGCUUGAUGAGGUGUGGGAGGGAGGGAGGAAUGUAGAAGGGAAAAAUGGAACUUGAAACCUGCCGGCCGAACUCUCUGGAAAUAAAAGCUGGAGAACAA